AUCCCACACCCACCCCCAUGUCCCAUUAUACUUCCCCAUUUCGAGGGAAGAGGUGGUUAAUAUAACCUCUUUCUCUUUCUUUAGCAAAGGAUACAAUUCUUGAUUUUUUUUCUUUGCUUGCCAAUGUACAUUCUUGUCUUGAUAAAAAAUACUGGUUUGAUUAUAUUAGCAUAAGGGGUUUCUCCAUUAAUUGAGUUCUUUCUAGGAAUUUAAGUGAUCUUACCUGGUUUUGUGGAUUCAUCUUUUGUGAUUAUAUAACAACAAUUUGCAUUUUGUUGGUUGGGAUUCUAAAUAUUGAUUCUUCUUCAGAUCUGAGUGCCUGUAAAGAUAUUUACAGCAGAGAAAAGGAUCUUACUUUAUAGACAGUGGUGUAAUUAAUUCAAGAUUAAAGGUAGGUUCUUGAGAGGUUCUCAAGAAUGGCUUAAAUUAAGAGGAUGGAUAUCAAUGCAGUUUAAUCUUGGACAGUUUGGAUAAAUUGGAUGGAUGUGUAUGAAUCAGAGAUAGCAUUAAAGAAACAUUCUUCAACAGUGGAGACAAAAAGAGGUACUCCAUUGAUUCAACCUGAGAAGAACAAUGGAAACAACACACGUAGACCAAGAACUAGAGAAGUUAGUUCUAGAUACAGGUCACCUACACCAUCAACUUCCUCAGGUCCUAGACGUUGUUCUUCUCCAAAUGUCACAAGAAUUGGAACUACUACUACAUCGGCAUUGUCGUUACCUAAGAGAGCGAUAUCGGCUGAAAGGAAACGUCCCACAACGCCCUCAUCACCUACCAGUCGAUCACCAUCAACACCUGUACAUGAUACAUCUGUGGAAGAAUUGUUGUCUAGAAAGUUAGCAGGCAAUAGGUUGCCUGAAUCUUUGUGGCCAUCAACAAUGAGGAGUCUUAGUGUUUCUUUUCAAUCGGAUACGUUUUCUUUACCUGUUGGCAAGAGAGAAAAACCUGCUCCUCAUGCUUUAUGUGAUCGUACGUUAAGGCCAUCAUCAAAUGUAGUACAGAAACAAGGUGAAACACCUCCUGGUUCUCGAAAGGUUACGCCUGAGAGGAGGAGGAGUCCAUUGAAGGGAAAGAAUUCGGUUGAUCAAGGAGAGAAUUCUAGACCGGUUGAUAGUUUGAAUGCUCGAUUAGUUGAUCAGCAUCGAUGGCCAAGUAGAGUGAGUAUGAAGGUAGUACCUUCUGGUUCUAUGAACAGAAGUAUUGAUCUGAGUGAUAAGAAGAGCAAAAUCGCGCCAAAUACUCGUUCAGUAACGCCUUCCUUGAGGAGAUUGUCAUUGGAUGGUUAUAGCAAACCAUUGCAAAAAUCUUCCAGCGACUUGCUGUCACUAGUAUCAUCUGAUGAUGGAGUAAAAGUUCGUGGUCGAUCAGUAGAUGAUAAUUCACUUUCAAUGCAGAAGUCCACAUCUUCAACUUCAUUGGAUAGAACAGUAUCGGGGAAUCCAGUAGCUAGAUCUCACACUGUAUCGGCUCCUGGAUCACGGUUUCCUUCACCAAACAAAGCAUCUUUUUUACCAUCCUCUGCAUCUAGAGGAGUCAGUCCAUCUCGAGUAAAAUCAGUCCCAACUACGCCAUCUAGAGGGCCAAGUCCUUCUCGGAUAAGACCAUCUAGUCCAUCUAGACAACAACCCAAAACUGCUACUUCUGUCCUCAGCUUUAUCGCAGAUAUCAAAAAGGGAAAGAAGGCAGCUAACCACAUAGAAGAUGUUCAUCAGUUGAGGCUAUUGUAUAAUAGACAUCUCCAAUGGAGGUAUGCUAAUGCCAGGUCAGAUGCAGCAUUGCACGCGCAGAAAGUUAAAGCUGAGAAAACAUUGUACAAUGUCUGGAGAAAUACCUCAAACCUAUGGGCUUCUGUUAUUAAAAAGAGAGUUGCGCUCCAACAGCUGAAGCUGAAGUUGAAGCUAUUUGCAGUUCUAAAUGAACAGCACACCUACCUGGAUGAGUGGGCUUCAAUUGAAGGGGAUCAUACCAGUUCAUUAUCCCAUGUUAUACAAGACCUACAAGCAUGCACUCUUCGUCUUCCAAUAACUGGACGAGCAAAGGGUGAUAUUGAAGUUGUAAAAGAAGCUGUUAGCUCAGCUGUUGAUGUAAUGCAGGCAAUGGGAUCCUCCAUGCGUUUUAUUUUAUCUAGGGUGGAAGGGAUGAACUGCCUAGUUUCUGAACUUGCUGAUGUGGCAGCUCAAGAGCGAGCCAUGCUGGAUGAAUGUGAAGCCUUGUUGGCUUCAACAGCAGCUAUGCAGGUAGAAGAAUAUAGCAUUAGUUCUCAUCUUAUACAGUUGAAACAAGCUUGGAGAAGUGAUAAGCAGCUGAUACUUGGAAAUUAGAUAGUUUUACCAAAUGGCCUUUAGCUAGUGUGUAUAGUAGUAGGUUUUUCCUUUUUCAUUUUUUUUCUUCUAAUUUAUUAUGGGAAGUGUUGAAUUGUUUCA